GGCUUUAGCUGAGAAAUGGCAAUGACAGUCCACACCCACACUCCUCAGUCCCCCCACACACACCUUUUGUUAUUAGUAGUAACACUUUUACUUUCUCUCUCACACACUCACACACUAACAUACUUUUCGAGCGGGAAAUUUACGCAUAAGGUACUUAUUUCUUUACCCGCUUUUCUUGUCCUUCUCUCUCUCUCUCUCUCCUGUCUGAAGAGAGAAACACCAUCCGUUCUUUCACUGCCAAACUCCCUCCUCUCUCUCCAUCUUCAGUUUCUUUCUUUUCUUCAUCAGAAGUAAAUAUGGGAAAUAUUUGCGUUUUGAUGUUGUUUUUGUGAUGUUUAUGGUUAUGUCUUGAUUCUCUAAUUGUGUUUUUGUUUUGGAUGAUUUUAUUAACGUGGUUAUUUACAUGCUUUUUGAGGUUUUAAUCUUGUAAAGUUUGUUGCUUUAUCCAUCAUUUUGUAUCCUCCCCCAACCCAUGUUUCCACUUCCAUCACUUUGUGUAUUUUUUUUUGUUGCUUUUACAGUCUUUAAGGUUACGAGUUUUAAUGUUCUUGCAUCACUCAUGAUGUUGUAGUAAGUAACUUAAUUUUUUUUUUUUUGUGGUUUAUGAAUUGAUAUUUGCCAUUGUUGCUGAAGGAUUGUGAUUGUGAUUUCUGAAAUUUGUUACUUUUUUUUUUUCUGCCUCUUCCUUCCUUCUUCUCUCUCUAGAUUAAUUGGUUCUCCACUGUUUUUGGUUUCAUUAACUUUCCAAAUUCCAAUCCUUAUCUCUAUACAUAUGGACUACAACUAGUGCUGUUCAUUGCCUUCCCAUUUGGUACUUCUUUCUCAUCAAAACCCUCAAAAUUUCUUCCCGCAAAAACCCAUACUUGUUUAUCCACAAGCUUGCUUUUUUGACCAGAAAGUUUGAAACUUUGAGCUUCAUAUGACUGUAUCCAUGGGGGGUUUUUCGAUCCGAGAGUAUACCUCAAGGAUGAGGAGUAUUGACAUGGCGAAAUGCUGUCCAUUCGAUGAGGCUAGUGAAGAAGUUAGUAGAGCUAUUUUGGCUCCAAUCACCAUCAAGAAAUUCAGCUGGUGGUUUGACAAGCUUCAAUUGGUUCAUGAAGAUGAAGAGGAAAACACGGAUUUGGAUUCUGAAACUCUUCAAUUUAUGAGAAUGAAAAAGGGUAAGACCAAACCCAAAGCCAAGGCACCAAAGAAGAGGUCCAUAGUUGAGCUUUUCGCCGUGGCGCCACAAGUAGAACGGGCGAUUAGCAGUGAUGAUGAUGAUGACGAUGAAGAAGACAGCAUUGAUGGUAGUGAAAGGGAAGAUAGGAAUUCCACUCCAAAGUUGUCUUCUUGUGGGAAGAUGGGAAUGAAUUACAAAAGCAAGAAGAAGUUUAAGAAGAAAGAAAAAGUUGUGAUGAUCAAGGAUUUAAAGAAGGAUAAGGUAAACAAGAAGAAGAAGAAGAAGAAGCAAAAGGGAAAGAAGGUUACUGUGGAUCUCAGUUCUCCAAAGAAGUGCCCCCUUUGCAUUUCAGAAAAAAUUGGUUUAGUGAUGAGCUUGCCUUGUCUUCAAGUCAGAUGGGACCUCCAUGCUUUGAACUGCUCAAAACCUGGGGAAAAUAUGUUCUUGAUGGACAAUGUUUAUGGAAAAAGCUUCUAAGGUCAAAUUGCAAACAUCAGCUUUUGUAGUGCCAAAUUCAAAUUCUGCAACAUAUAUCAAGGACCUGUUUGAUGCCUUUUCAACUCAUUCAAAGAAGCCAAGGUUGAAGCGAUUAGCUGGAGAAAGGUCAAAGUGCAAGAUUUCAAGUAAUUCCAAGUUUCUUCCAUUUGAUCAACAAGCUGAAUUACCAGUACGUGGAAUUCUUAAAAAUCCCAAUAAAAAAGUCGUAGCAGAAAAUAUCUCAGAUACAUGCUUGCGGGAUGCUAGUAAAUUAAAUCACUGUGACACUCAGCAUGUCAAUAGACAUGUUACCUUCUCUUCAAAGGAUGAUGUACUUGAACCACGUAAGAACACAUCUCCUGCUGUGGAUUUUCAAUCAAUAAGCAAUUUGUUUUCUAAUAUCAAUAUUGGGUUUUCUGCAAAAGGUCAAACUGCAGAAACAGAAAAGAAAUUGAGUACUGAUGAGGAGGAAACUAACAAGGACAGAAGAAGAUGCGCCAGAGACAAGUUUGCAGUUCAACAAGUUACUGAAAAGCAGGUAUCUGGCAUACAUCAUGUCUCCCAUGCAUCAAACUUUGUCUUGGGCCAGCAUGAUUUCAGUCGAGCUAAUUUGUUCAAUGCAACUGCGCCAUAUGGUCAGGUUCCUCCGCAAAGUGACAGUCACAAUAGAGUAACAUUACAUGAUGAGAUGUAUACUUCCUCUUCUGGGAUUCCAAAAAUCUCUUCAGCACCAUAUAUUCCAAAAUUGACGAUUCCGGUGUUCAACCACUCUUCAGGUGCUUACAGUUGCAACCAGAGAUGGCUGGAUCUUUCACAGGAUCCUUAUCAUAAGCAUGAUUCUGAUUGCUCAAUUGAUUUUUCGAAGGCGUAUCCACGGCCUCCAGCAGCAUACCUUUCUGUCUCACAGAGCAAUCUGUAUAGGAAACCACUUUUUUGCUCACAGGAAAUUGGAAAGAAUCGCAGUGACCAUACUUUGCCAUGCCCACGGACCCCUCACCUGUCCCCUAAAGAAUUGAUGCAAACCAUUUGUUCCAUUCCAGAAUGGACCCCUCGGGCAACUGGGUAUGGACAGACCAGCACAUCAGAGGGUUUUGUUGGCUUGCCUCUGAAUUCACUAGGGGAAUUUAUCAGUCUGGACUCUGGUGUUAAAGAUGGAUUUAAUCAUAUUAAAAGCACGAGUGUCGUUGCUGGUCCAUCUGUGAGCGCAGUUAUACAUGAAAAUGUUCUGCAUAACCCUUUGAUUAACCAGAGAGAUCUUAGAAGUUGGGAUAAAAUGAAUUUGUGUAAAAGCCAGCAUAGAACAGGCAGGAUCCAGGACUCCAGUUGCAUGGUUGAUCGUUGUGUUUUACCCUCCAGAAUCAGUAUGAUUGAGCAGUAUGGUAUUGAAAAGAGAAGCAAUGUUAUCCAGGGAAGCGAUCCUUGCUUCAGCUCAGUGGAGUCUGUUGUGGAUCGGAUGAAAGUGUUUCAUAUUGCAUGCAACCAUGAUCAAGUUGAACAACCAGGAGGUAACAGAAUUCGACAGCUUGGAAAUCCUGAUCUUCUUUCACUCCGCGUCCCUCGAUCAACAAUGCGCUUGAUGGGUAAAGAGUUUACUAUUGAUGGAAAAGAUCUGGAAGCAUCUGAGAAGAAAGAGGUUUGGACAGACAAGGAAGUCAUAACAGAGAACUCUGGUGGCAAUGACACUAAUACUCGGUUUGUUGUCCAUCCUAUUUUGGGGACUCUGAGAGAAACAGUGACAGAUCUUCCAAAAUAUAAAACCAGUCAGGCAUCUAGAAGUGAUCCACAGACAGUUGUUUCAGAGUCUAAGAAUUCCUCUCAGUUCUCUGACUCCCACAAUAAGACAAGGAAUCAGAAUGGUGGCACAGUAAGCAAAGAAAUCCAGGCAUAUGAAACGCAUCCUUGUUCUCCAUCUUCUUUCGCUUCACCAAAUAGCUACGGUUCCAUGUUGCAAGAAUCCUGUUCUGCAAAUAUUCCUCUGUCCAAAAGCUCUCGCUUCUCUAUAUGUGGACCAAAUCUUCUUCCUGACUCUAGUCAGAAAGUGGGAAGAAGUUGUUCCAUACCAGAAUAUAAGACGACUCCACUUGAUGGUGCACACUUCCCUUUCAAGUUCCCUUUCCCAGAUUUAGAAUGUGGGAGGAACAUUCAUCCAGCUAUGUCUCAUAACUCCUUCAAGGGAUCCCCAUAUUUUUCAGGCAGCAGACUGAAGGGGACUUCGGUGGACUAUCAUCGUCCUUCUUCUCCUAGCAGCCUGCGUUAUCCCUGGGCCAUUCCUGGUACUAAUUAUGGCGCUGAUGCCUCUAUCCUCAGCCGGCCUGAUCCUUUUUCUUUGUCAACUCACUCUUUCAACAAGAAUUCAUUUUCUUCAGCUUCUUUGGCUCACCGUCCUAGUUUCCCAGUUCACUCUGGAUUAUCAAAAGAGAGCAGAUAUGCUCCAAGAACUGAUAACCACAUGAAGUCAAAAUUCAGAGUUCGAGUUCCCCCCCAUGGAAAAGGAUCAAAAAGGAGGCAGCCACCUGCAUCAAAGGGCUCCAGGAAGCUCCCAAAGAUUGGAAAAAUGAAAGGUCAGGAUGAUUGCAGCAAUGCUAUAGCAGAAGUUGAGGCUGGGAAUAAUGUUGGAGAUCUUCAAUGUAGCAAACAACUAGAAGUACCAUCUUCAGGGCUGCAGGAUGCAGGUCUUACGGUUCACAAGGACCAGAUAGGAGAAUCUGCUACGAAUGAUUUCCUUAAGCACGCCGGACCUCCAAGAUCAGGUCCUAUCAAAUUAACAGCUGGAGCAAAGUACAUCCUGAAGUCAUGUCAGAAGAAUGAUCAGGCAAAUGGUGAGACAACCAAUUCAAGCGCCUCAGUAAGGGCGUCACCAUCCGGUUCUUGAAUCUGAGAAACCAUCUGAGGUUCAUAUGUUUCCGCUGAAUGCUGGUGCGCCACUGGAACUUGAAGCUUUGCACCUGUAAGCUAGCUUUGUGUACUGAAUUGUAUGUAUUGCAUCUUAGUUUUGUUUGUACAACAAUAGUACCUGGGACAUGUGAGUUUGGCUCUUAAAGUCAUGAGCUAAGAUUGUAUCUUUUGCAGUAUGUGCAGUCUCUUACCAACAGAAGGGAUGCUUUAUCUUAGUAGCCUUGAUCUAUAAAUUAAGGAUUUUAUUGUCCUAUAAAAUAUAAAUAUGUGCUUUUAUAUAUUAAGCUCUUUUUCCUUGCUAAAUUAUUUCUUCUCCAAUAUCAAAUGUGCCAUUUCAAGAAAAAAGAAUAAUAAUAUCAAAUUGUCCUAGUUUAACAAAGAUUCCCUCACCUUCCAUUUCCAAAACCAAAUCAAGUUUUAUGAUGUUUUUCUUGUUUGACAGGAACUAUGCGGUGAUGUGGUAUCUAGCGGGCAUUCCCAUUUUUAUUAAUUUAAAUAAAAAUCACACUUAUUAGAUGGGGAAAUCUGUAGAAGGAUGAAUGAAUUUAUGACAAUUUCUAAUGAGUGGAUUUGCUGCAACUUUUAGAUGAAUCUAUCUCUCUUAUUAGUUGUGAGUCACAACCAGUCUGGUGGGUACGUAGAUAGGUAUGAUUAGGCAAUCAUUUUGAGAGAAAAUGCAAAUUGAUGUCUAGUAUAAUUGUAAUCCUUUGAUAAUAUACUUUACUUUCUCCCCAAUUCAUUCAAUUUACAAUGCACAGG